AGAGGCAAGUACAACAGCAUGCCUGCAGCGAGGCGGCCCAGCGGCUUAGCUGUGCCACUGUUUGACGGCAUAUGCAGUGACGAUUCUCGCCUCACGUUUGACGUUGAAGCAACAGAAGAGGAUAGGUGCUGAUGCCUGAUGACCGUCUCGAUGUGGUCCAAAGAACGCUGGCCUACCUACCACCGAGAGACGUUGGGAUGCGUGUACCCGAUCGGCCGGGGGUCAGCCAUAUUGACUAGCGCGAACCUGAUUUGCGCGCUAAUUAAGCGAAGAGGACUUUCCUGUCAUACUCUAUUCCUGCUCACAGCCGGCGCCGUGGCAUCUUUGGGAUCAGACCCCUGUCUGCACUGUCCCGUUCUCAUUCAUCCGUACAGUCACCCCCCCUGCUCGGCAUUCUAGCGCAAUCUGGCUUUCGGGGCUGGCACGCUCCACCUUUUGGUCUUUUACAAGACUCGCUACACCGCGCUAGAAUGCCGAGC